GCACACAUCGCGCGCAUGGAACAGCGGGUACCUGCUCCGAUACCAGUGCAUUCACACUCCGAUUAUUCACACUUGUCUUGCAUGCAAACAGCGAUACAGCAACUGGUGACAUGCGCCCUCACAGAUCCAAUAGUGGACGGGAUCGAAGAAAAAAUUGCUGACUGGACACAUAUUCCUAAAGAGAAUGGAGAGGCAAUCCAAGUGCUUCGAUAUCAAUAUCAGGAAAAGUACGAGGCGCAUUUCGACUACUUCCACGACAAGAACAACCAGGCUCUUGGUGGUCAUCGAAUCGCCACUGUUCUGAUGUACCUGUCUGACGUCGAGUUCGGCGGCGAGACUGUCUUCCCGAGCGCCACGACGGAUCAACCCAAGGACUCAACCUGGUCAGACUGUGCGAGGAGAGGUGUAGCAGUGAAACCUCGCAAAGGGGAUGCCAUUCUGUUCUUCAACCUCCAUCCUGACGCUACACCAGAUCCUUCUAGCUUGCACACCGGGUGCCCAGUUAUCCGGGGUGAAAAAUGGUCAGCGACCAAGUGGCUGCACGUUGGUAAUUUCGAUCAACCCAGCUUCAAGACAAGUGGCGGGUCUUCUUGCUACGAUGCAAGUGACCAUUGUGUAGAGUGGGCAGCUGCAGGCGAGUGCGAGAGGAACCCAGAAUUUAUGUUGGGCGCUGGAAAUUUCCCCGGAAAAUGUCGCAAAAGUUGCAAGGCUUGCACCCCAACUACCCAGUUUUCAAAAUAACCCCUUACCCUCUAUGUAGAUCCAUGUAUCGCUCUCUUUCCCCCACACUUCCCUCCUCCUCCCAACUUUUCUCAAAAAAAAUUCAAGUCCGUGAACGGCGUGAAGUGGUGGACGACCGAAAUGUGCCCUGAAAUGGAGAAUGCAUCUCCUGCUAGAACACGGACAGAUGCACUUGGAAUAGUUUUUGUCUUUUCCAAAUUUGGUGAGUGGUCUGACAAGGCCCUAGGUAGACCAAACGCCGGAAGAACGCACCCUGGGUUAAGGAGUGCUGUUGUUUCUGACGCACUGCCACGGUUGAUAGCGUCUGUAGUACAGACACUGCGACAAAAAUAUAUUUUUCGAAUAUGUUUUUUGAAUAUAUAUUUUCGGAUAUAUUUUUCGGAUAAUGCCAGUCGUAAUGUCGCUACAACUUUGUCCAUAUUCACUCUACGACUUUUUCGAACAAAAUCUCCCCAUAUUA